GCCUCCUGCUCUGAAGAAGCUGCCCGCACCAUGGAGGCGCCCCCGGUGACUAUGAUGCCCGUCACCGGCGGCACCAUCAACAUGAUGGAAUACCUUCUCCAGGGAAGCGUUUUGGACCAGAGCCUUGAGAGUCUGCUGCACCGCCUGCGCGGCCUCUGCGACAACAUGGAGCCGGAGACCUUUCUGGACCACGAGGUGGUGUUCCUGCUGAAGGGGCAGCAGGCCAGCCCCUUUGUGCUGCGGGCACGCCGGUCCAUGGACAAAAGCGGUAUGCCUUGGCAUUUGCGCUACUUGGGCCAGCCAGAAAUAGGCGACAAGAACCGCCACGCACUUGUGCGCAACUGUGUAGACAUUGCUACUUCGGAUAACCUGACAGACUUUCUGGUGGAGAUGGGCUUCCGUAUGGACCAUGAGUUUGUGGCCAAAGGACAUGUGUUCCGCAAGGGCAUCAUGAAGAUUAUGGUGUACAAGAUCUUCCGCAUUCUGAUGCCAGGAAACACAGAGAGCAUUGAGCCACUCUCCCUCUCCUACCUAGUGGAGCUCAACAUAGUAGCGCCAGCAGGGCAGGAUGUAGUUUCUGAUGACAUGAGGAACUUCGCUGAGCAACUGAAGCCUCUAGUGCACCUGGAAAAAAUUGACCCCAAAAGGCUUAUGUGACUGGAAGACUGGGAGGUUAAGGCAUUGGUUUUGUUAGUGAGGACUACGAUUUUUCUAAAAUUGCUUUUGAGAGUAAAGCAAAACAGGGAGGGGGAAAAAAGGGCUACAUAUCAGUGUUAAGUGUAGUUGCAGACUUUUCACCUUUGCAUAUGGAUGUGAACACAAGAGGACACUAAAUGACGUUCAAAACGUCAGUAAGUGGCAGUAUUUCUAGAUUUGUGUCUCCUAUUGGGGAGGUACCUAGGACCAGGCAUACUACCUGGUAAUUCAAAAAUGUUAAACUUUGUGGAAUUCAUCCAGCUCUCUACCCAAGUUUGCUUUCUUAGUGGUUGUUUUGUUUUCUUUUAAUUAUUACUCCAAAUCACAAUCCUGUAAACACUACCCAGUCAUCCUUUUCCCUUCUUAGAUACAUAAAGCUAAUAUUCUUUCAUGCAGGGAGUGGUGUUUAACACAAGCAGAAACCCAUAAACUACACAGUACAAAAGGGCAAUUGCAUACCUGUUUACAGUGGGAUAGUUGGAAUAGUUAAAGUAAUGGUACAUGUGUACAAAAGACACCAGGUACUUCAGUGAAAUUGUUUCCAGUAUAUCCAAAGUUGGAAAAUAAUUUAGCAGGAUUACAAUUUCAAGAAGCUUUCAAAUCUUGUAAUGCUGUUCCCUCUUUUUCACUGAAAUUGGGUAAGGCAGUCUUGGUUAAUGAGACAUAGUAAAUUAUAUGGUUUUGGUAGGAUGAUUGCUUACCCUCCUGUAUCUCAAUACUUGAUUCAGGAUCUAGAGUUUACAAAUACAUUAAAAAGGUUGGGAAAAGCAACAAA